AAUGGAAUUCUGUGUUUAUUCACAGGUCAGCCUUUUGAAACUGCACAGAUUAUGUAUUUGGCUGUGAGCAAUAUCGUCUGUUCCAUCAUAUUUGGAGACCGUUUUGAUUAUAACAAUGAAGUAUUUAUCCACCUAACAAACAUGGUUAAUGAGAACACGAGACUGUUGGGAACAGCUCCAAUACAUCUGUUCAACUCUUUCCCAUCUCUGGGAUUUCUGAUUCCGAGCCGCAGGAAGAUUAUUCAAAAUCUCGUGAAGGUGCACGAAAUAAUUGAAGAUUUCUUCAAAGCUGCCAAAGAGACGUUGAGCGAGAACAGCAUCCAGACACUCAGCGAGGCCUUAAUUCUGAGGCAUCAGCAGGUACAGUGACACAUCUCUUCAGCACUAAGGGGAAUCUCUCCAGAUUUCAGACUCCACACCAGGACUUUGUGGGUUUUGAUGGAGGAAGAUUCUGUGUCAAACAUCUGUUAAAAUGU